AUGGCCAAGCGACCAGUUGCCAAUCCUGCCCUUUUCGUGCGGCACAACGUUGACGGCUGCGCUCCCAGGUCACGAGUUGCCGAGCCCGGGACUGUGGCCGAUGAAUGGUCAGUGCCCCGUCGAUCUCUUCGGCUGGCGGUUUCGGUGACAGCGUUCGGUGGGAAGGCGGAGAUGCCCGCCGUGCCACUACUGCACCAGGAAGACCGAGCUCUGGGAACCGGAUGGAUCGAAAAAUGGCGUGAAGAUCCCGCCAUUGAGACUCGCCAAGCGCAGAACACGGACACCAGCCAAAUUUCCGUCGUUGCGGUGUGCUUGGUACCCAGCUAG